AUGGAGCUGCCUCCCCACCGCCGCGCGCUGCUGGAUUCGCCUCUUGACAGCGGCUCCCUGACCUCACUGGACUCCAGCGUCUUCUGCAGCGAGGGCGAAGGGGAGCCCCUGGCGCUCGGGGACUGCUUCACCGUCAAUGUGGGCGGCAGCCGCUUCGUGCUCUCGCAGCAGGCGCUGUCAUGCUUCCCGCACACACGCCUGGGCAAGCUGGCAGUGGUGGUGGCUUCGUACCGGCGGCCCGGGGCCCUGGCCGCCGCGCCCAGCCCCCUGGAGCUCUGCGAUGAUGCCAACCCGGUGGACAAUGAGUACUUCUUCGAUCGCAGCUCGCAGGCAUUCCGCUACGUCCUGCACUACUACCGCACCGGCCGCCUGCAUGUCAUGGAGCAGCUGUGCGCGCUCUCCUUCCUUCAGGAGAUCCUAAAAAAAACCGAUGCCUGCUGCAGGGACAGAUACUUCAGAAGAAAGGAGCUGAGUGAAACUUUAGACUUUAAGAAGGACACAGAAGACCAGGAAAGUCAACAUGAGAGUGAACAGGACUUCUCACAAGGACCUUGUCCCACUGUCCGCCAGAAACUCUGGGACAUCCUGGAGAAACCUGGGUCUUCCACAGCUGCCCGAAUCUUUGGGGUCAUCUCCAUCAUCUUCGUGGUGGUGUCUAUCGUCAACAUGGCCCUGAUGUCAGCUGAGUUAAGCUGGCUGGACCUGCAGCUGCUGGAAAUCCUGGAGUACGUGUGCAUUAGCUGGUUCACCGGGGAGUUUGUCCUGCGCUUCUUGUGCGUGCGGGACAGGUGCCGCUUCCUAAGGAAGGUGCCAAACAUCAUAGACCUCCUUGCCAUCUUGCCCUUCUACAUCACCCUCCUGGUAGAGAGCCUGAGUGGGAGCCAGACUACACAAGAGCUGGAGAACGUGGGGCGCAUUGUCCAGGUUUUGAGGCUGCUCAGGGCUCUGCGCAUGCUAAAACUGGGCAGGCAUUCCACAGGAUUACGCUCACUUGGGAUGACAAUCACCCAGUGUUAUGAAGAAGUCGGCCUACUGCUCCUAUUUCUGUCCGUGGGAAUUUCUAUAUUCUCAACUGUGGAAUAUUUUGCUGAGCAGAGCAUUCCCGACACAACCUUCACAAGUGUCCCUUGUGCAUGGUGGUGGGCCACAACAUCCAUGACUACGGUGGGCUAUGGGGACAUUAGACCAGACACCACCACAGGCAAAAUCGUGGCCUUCAUGUGUAUAUUAUCCGGAAUCCUUGUCUUGGCCUUGCCUAUUGCUAUUAUUAACGACCGCUUCUCUGCUUGCUAUUUCACCUUAAAGCUCAAGGAAGCAGCUGUUAGACAGCGCGAAGCUCUGAAGAAGCUAACCAAGAACAUUGCCACUGACUCAUACAUCAGCGUUAACCUGAGAGACGUCUAUGCCAGGAGCAUCAUGGAGAUGCUGCGACUGAAGGGCAGAGAAAGAGCGAGUACUCGGAGCAGCGGAGGAGAUGAUUUCUGGUUUUGAAUUUGCUUUCAGUUUAUUUACAAAAGCUUGUGUAAAACUAAAUCAAUUGAUAAAGCCUUGAUUUGGUUGUCUGUGUACUGCCGAGGGGUCUCUGUUGAAUACUACCUGUGUUAAGUUUUGCUGAUACAUUGCUUGGUCUACUAGAAGAGUUCAUAUCCCCCCAAACAACAGAGCAUUGUUUUGAUACAUUUGAAUC